AUGAGGGAACUUGGCAUUCAAUCCUAUACUCACAAAGAUAGAACUGACAAGAUGCGUCCUUUCUUUAUUUUGCGUCAGUUCUCUUCCUUCGAGAUGUUCGGCAAAUUCAAAGUUGGAACAAAACGAAUCAACGAUGGAUGUGCGGCUUUCUCCAAAGGCUACGCUGCUUCCCCUCAUGAUUUUAACAAUGCAGCAGAUUUUAAAGAGAUCCUUAAAAAGGAGAGUGUGAAUAUAGUGGCUGUCCCUGGAAGAAGAGAUGAUCCAACUAAUACAGAGAAUUUGGGGACUUGCAGCAAAGAUCCAGGCGCAGAGCAGGCGCGGUCAUUAUUUUAUAUUGACUUCCCAAAUGGAGAGAGUAAGAGAGCUGACAAUGCUACAUUUUGGCGGGAUAGGUUUCCCGACAGAACAUGUGCAGAUUCGCCACGCAUUGCGCUUGGAUUUUCACAAGCUGGUCUGGUCGACAUCCCUGCAAUAGCUCGUCUCUUCACACUUUGCACCUAC